UUCAAUUGGUUACGUUGCCUUCCUUCAAAAUGGCCGCUGCCGUCUCAUUUCGGUGGUUAGAAAUUCUUGAAAAGGAAUUUGAUAAAGCCUUUGUCGAUCUUGAUCUCCUACUUGGAGAAGUAGAUCCUGAUCAAUGUGAGCUAACAUAUGACGGGCGUCAAAAGAUGACGGCGCUCAGCGCUGCAUUUGCCCAACUCUGUCACAAGGCUCAGACGAUUUUUCAGACAAAUGCAAAACUUGAAGCCCAGAUUAUAGAUCUGAAACAAGAGAAUGUGGAAGUGACUGCAGCUAAAUCUGUGCUUGAGAAGGAGCUGCAUAACAUGCUCAUGCAACUACAUUCUACGCAGCUGCAACUUCAAGCUAGUAAAGGUGUGGAGGUUGACUCGGAGAGCAUCAAGAAAAAAAUGGAUACAGAAUUAGAAUCUCACAUGUCAGACUUAAAGAAUCUUGCCCACCUAGAGGCCCAAGUUAAACAGCUUCAGAAGGAAAAUAAUGAUUUACGACAGUAUUCUAUAGCCCUUCAGUCAGAGGUGUAUGGUGCAAGACUCGCGGCCAAAUAUCUAGACAAAGAGCUUGCUGGGAGAAUACAACAGAUACAGUUAUUGGGGCGUGACAUGAAAGGGGCAGAGCACGACAAAUUGUGGAACCAGUUGGAAGCCGAGAUACAUCUACACAGACACAAAACAGUCAUUAGAGCAUGUAGAGGGCGCUCUAACCGAAAGAAAAAAUUGCCGAUUCCUCCCGGACAUGAUUUUAACUCACUAAGACGCAGACAUGGUUUGGGAGAUGUACGGAAAGUUCAGCUACACAAAGAUCCAGAGGAAGGUCUAGGAAUGUCUAUAACUGGUGGAAAAGAACAUGGAGUUCCGAUUCUGAUAUCAGAAAUACACGAAGGCCAGCCAGCAGAUCGGUGUCAGGCCCUGUAUGUUGGGGAUGCCAUCCUUUCUGUCAACAAUAUAGAUCUACGCAAUGCCAAACAUGCUGAAGGUGUAAAGAUUCUUUCAGAGCAGCAAGGUGAUAUAGAACUAGAAGUGAUGUUUGUAGCUCCAGAUGAAGACAGUGAAAAUGACAACCAAGAAGUAGAUGAGGAACAAAGAUUUAGGUAUCGUAUUUAUGAUGAGGAGGUGGGCAGUCAGAACAGUGAUGGUAAUUCAAUAGAUCAUUUAGACGAGUUCAUUCCUACAAGAGCCAAUGGUGUGUCAUCCCCAACCAGUCCUUCUCCUCAACAAAGUAACAGUUCCAGAUUGAAAUGAUGCACUGAAGAAAGUAAUUAUGUUAUAUGAUAGUUAUUGAUAAAAUGAAUUGUACGAAAGUUCAGUAUGUGUGUUAAGAUAUAUGUUAACACUUUGAUUACCAUUUAAUCAUUUCUUUUACAUAUUAAUUUAUAUUUUCUUCAAUUGAUGUGAUUUUAUUUAGAAGGCUGCAUUGUAAAUAGGGUGUUACAAAUCUGUAUAUGUCUUAAUGUUUUACCUUCUGUAAAUAAGUUGUUAUCAUUAUCGUUAUUUAUUAUUACCUGAGGCCUUUUGCAGUAGUCUCUUACAUUUUGAAGAUAUUUAACUUGACUGAGAAAAUUGUGGUUCUACACUGGUGCCAGGAAAACA